AUGAGGCACAAAGUAGUAUUUCAAGAUGACGGUGGUCAUCUUCUUUUGGAGUAUUACUUUUUACAGCCCGCAUUUUGUCAGGCUCAAUACCAAAUAUGUGUCUCUUUGUUUGGCUAUACUCUGUCUGAUAUAUCAAGACGUAUAAUCAGUAAUAUUUGCAUUCCCGCUAUUAAACUCAAUACCAAAUAUGUGUCUCUUUGUUUGGCUAUACUCUGUCUGAUAUAUCAAGUUAUGUCUAAUAUUAUGCACGAAGACAAUGUAUCUCUAUUCAAAGACUACUGGUAUUGUCUUGAUAAUUCUGAAGAACAUGUUUAUAUCAAGUUUAUGUCAAGUCUUCUCCGCCUUCAAGCAAGAAGUAUUAGCGAUUAUAAUAGCUAUAGUAUCAAAACUGUUGCGAAAUUAGGAUUUUUAGCUAGAAAAGAUUUUCCUAUCAAAUAA